UUACAGACAGGCCAUGCUGGCACAAAGACACUCAGAUGACAAGACAUCACAUCCUCUACCAGCUAGGAUGUCUGCAGAUAGUAGUACUGUUUCAAAAACUGAUGACUCGGAAUUGGAUGUAGUUGGUACUGCCGAUAGUCCUAGACCAUCUUUACAUUCUUCUACUCCUAUAGCUUCAUCUUUAAAUCAAUCAGGUACCGAAGAAGACUCGAUUCGAAGACGUCUUCACGACGACUCAGGUUCUGAAAGUAGUUGUUCCGAAUCACCAGGUAGUACUGCGUUUCGCCCUCGACAAUCGACGUCACCAAAAGAUUCCGCAGGACCAUCAAACCCAUCAGGAGAAUAUCCCUCUCCUAAUAUUAGCGUCGGUCCGCCGAUUCACCCUCCACCGCAUUUACUUCCUUACCUAUACCCUCCUGGAAUGUAUCCUGGAGCUGCAGGUCACUCGCCGUUCGGGCCACCUUUGAGCAUAUUCACGGGAGCACACAAUCCCGGCAUGAAUCCUAGUUUACUGUUUAACGCUCAGUUAGCCUUGGCAGCACAGCAUCCUGCCUUGUUUUCGCACUACCAGAAUCUGACACAUCCGAACCCACACGGUCACCAUUUGUCUCCCACCUCACCUAUUCACAACCACCUAAAAGCAGGACACAGAUUUGCGCCAUACACAUUACCUAACUCAACCACUGGAGUAAGUUCCUCACCUCUUGGCAGUGCUUUUGAGACUGUAACGCCUAGUUCCCACACCAGAAGCCUCAGCAAUUCCCCAUCGGGCAAAAUACGAGCUGGUUCUCUAUCGCCCCCUUUAAGGCCAAAUACGACGUCGCCGAAACCGGAGGCGGCUACUUCUCCUAGUGAUUUGAAAAGCAUAGAAAAAAUGGUAAAUGGUCUAGAUGUCAAGCAAAGUGAAGAUAAUGAUAAGUAGUGACGUUAGGAAGCCAUAUAAUUUGUUUUAAUUCCGUACUCUAGAUGUCUACUCUUGGUAAUUAUCGAGUUAGGUUCUCAGAUUUAUUAUUCACUCGUAAUAAAAUGGGUAUCCACUUUAGUGCAGUUUGAUUUUUGCAUCUUUAAUGGUAGUGCAACCAACACGUUUAAGGUUAAGUCAACAGGUAAAGUUUUCAAAUUUUUCUUCUUGUACAAGAAGUUAAAAAUCGUUAAAAGCGUCGAAAGAACAUUGAAAAGUAUUAGUUUCUAGUUAAAGGUAUUUAACAUUUAUAAAAAGCACUGUAAAGCUUUCGAAAAGCUUUAAAAAUGGUGAAGAGCAUUAAAAGCUGUUGAUAUUUUUGGUAAAAGUUCAUUAAAACCAUUUGCAAUGUUUUUCUGUCGCUUUGAAAGCUUUUUAGCUAUCGUUUUUUCUGUUGCCGAAACCUAACUUUAAACAUGAUGAUUGCGGUUAGAUCUAUAGAUUAAAAC